CAGUAUUAUCGGUGUGCGGAAGCAUCGUCAUUUCUUCGUGUGUUAAAAUAAGAAUUGGAUGUUAUGCGAAACUUCUCCCGGAGUUAUAUUCAUUUGACACAAAUAGUUAAUUGUCUAACGCGUCGUUCCACUGCCUGUUGUCUUUUAAAGGGUUGUAUCAGCUUCAAAAAGAAUUAACAGUUUGGACAUUGUAUUCAUACGAUAUAUCGACUAUAUUCUACUACGAGUGUUGCCAACAUAAGCUUAUUAUCCCAACAUUGUCACUAUUAAUUUAAUAGUAUAUGGUACCAUACACAAAUAGAUAUGUUUAUUUUCAUUUCCAAAACACAUUUUAACUCACAUUAAACACUACUGUAAAUUUCACAUUUUCAAUUGCCUACGUAUUUAGAUCAUUUUACACAGUCCCAGAAUAGCUGUUCAAAGUAAGAAUAUUUAUAUUUUACACUUUCUGCCGCACAACACUUCAAAAAAUUACUAGUGUACAUGAAUUCUUUGUAAUUAAAUAUGUGGAUAUUAUCAAAUGUUAAAUUAAGAACCAACUCACUGGGAUAGAGCAAUUUUUAGAAGCUAACGGACCAUGACAUGGUCAAGAAACUCCCUGCCAUUUAUGAAACCAGAAGGUCCAUUACCAAGAUUGCUAAAGCCAGUCACUGGUGCACAUCCAAGAAAAAUUAAUCCAGUCAACAACCACAGUUUCUUUAAGAAGCAUAUUAAUAUCGUCCCUCAUCUAUAUCGUCUUCAAAGUGGUCACUUCUCUUCAUAUCAUCCUAUUAUAAUUUUGUAUGUAUUUCCCAUCUAUCCAUUAUAUGCUACAAGCCUGCCUAUUUCAGCUCCUUCAGGAUCAUCCUAAUAAUAUUCAGAAUACAAAUUAUGAGCUCCUCAUUAAACUACUUUCUUCUACUUCCCGUAAGUUCUCUCUCUUAGACCAAUACAUAUCACCCAGAUCAAAAUGAUGUCCAAGUUGGGUGAUACGGUUUGUAAGUUUUCAGAGUUGUGUUAAUGGAAUAUAUCACAUUUUUACCUUUCUAGUACUUCAAAUGUGUCUUUUCAGCACAAAAAUUCACUUCUCAACCCAGUUUAUUAUGUUGUAGGCCCAUAUAUAGAUCAGCCACCAGAGAAUCUGAAUUUAAUUUUGACAAGCUGGUAUUAGAAAAGCAAUUUACAGAACAUUUUAAUACAAAACACAAACUCCUUUCUUUUUUAUGAGUAUGCAGUCCUUUUAAGUUUACUAAAUACAAAGAAAUUUGACUUGUGUUAAUGUGAAUCUUUGUCUAGCAUUCAGAUGGAAGAACACAGACGUGGGGGUAUUUCAGAGCAAGGUACUGGGAAAAAUUUGUAAAUAAGAAAGAUUCCAUAUCAUAAUAAUUGAGAAGAUUAUGAGUGUCAUAAUGUUUACCUUAUCAUUAGGGUAUAACAAGUAGGCCAUGUAAUAUGAAUGGGGAAGAUGAGAAAAAAAAUAUGUGAAUUCAGAAUACUUAACCAACUUACAGACGCACUUACAUUUUUAAACCUACCUUUGUUUCAACUUAUACAGGUAUUUUAAUAUGUAUGUUUCAUGUUGGUAGACAAAACAAACAUCCGGAAGAAAAAGUACACAAUUUGACCUGAGUAAGAAAAUAAAAGAUGUAAAGCACAAAUGAACUGAUCACACAUAAAGAAUGGAAGAUUAAAGAUAUGUACAAGAAAUAAUAUGCAACCCUAAUAGGAUAAGGCAUUUUAAAACACCAGUAAAGAGAUGGACUGAAAGCCGAAAUUGUAUAAAUAUGAAAACUUUGAGCCCAGAGUCAAGUCAGAAUCCUUGACACUGAAGACAAUGCCACAUAAAAAUAUUUAAUUUAACUUUUCAUGACCCAGUCAAAAAAAUUAUACUUUAUACAAUGCCAAACCUCAUUUAUUCUACAAGUAAAGCUGAAAUGUAACAUAUUUUAGUACGAUUUUUCUUCAUGUAAGUUAUCUGAUGGAUACCCCUGAUUUUUCAUCACAACUGUUUCAAGUGAAUAUAACAGUAGCCAUGUAUUAAUUUACAAAUAUGAAAUUUCCUGACAGUAUUUCACAUACAUCCUAUACAUAUGUCUGACUUUGGGGUCUAUUUAGGAAUUUUCAUUUGUUGAGGUUGGUGUAAAAGUCUCUGAAGUAUUGACUACUGCCAGGCAAGACCUAGCAGAGUGAGGUGUGGGGAGACAAUGCCAACAACAGGUGUCACACAACCAUAUGGGACACAUUGCUGGGAUGCAAGCAAAGGGAUCAUGUUAAACAAGCAAAAUGUAUCUGAGUUUCAGCAACACAUCUUACAGCAUAUAUAUUGUACACUGUAAUCACUAAAGCUGCUUCUUCAGUAAGAAGAUCUAUGGAGCUUUCAGGGCCCUCUAGAAGUCCAACAGAGAAAACAGCUAUAAAAUCACAACUCUCUUUCAACCAGGAUUUACCUGAAAUUCCAGAAGGAACAAGUUCAAAAUGGCACUUUUCAAUUCCGCGGCGGUAUGUGGUUGCGAUUAUGGCAUUCUUAGGUUUCUGCAACGUCUAUUCCCUGAGAGUAAAUCUGAGUGUUGCUAUAGUUGCGAUGACAAGCAAUUAUUCAUACACUGAAAAUGGAACAGAACAAUUUAAACAAGAUUAUCCAUGGAGUUCAGAGGUGCAAGGACUUGUUCUGAGUUCUUUCUUCUUUGGGUAUAUUGUGACACAGAUACCAGGAGGAUGGUAUGCUACUCAAAUUGGUGGAAAGAAACUGUUUGGAAUUGGUGUAGGUGUGACUGCACUUGUAUCUCUUCUAACACCAGCUCUUGCCUCUACAAAUCUGUAUCUCCUGGUUCUAGGACGAGUGGUUGAGGGUUUGUUUGAGGGAGUAACCUAUCCAUCUAUACAUGCUGUGUGGAGUCACUGGGCUCCACCCCUAGAGAGAAGUCGCCUUGCCACUAUAGCUUUCUCAGGAAGUUACUUUGGAACUGUCAUCUCUCUUCCACUGUCAGGGAUGUUAGCUGAAUAUGUGGGAUGGCCGUAUAUUUUCUACUUAUUUGGAAUAUUGGCAUUGAUAUGGUGUGCAUUGUGGUGGUACAUGGUUGCUGAAACACCACAAGCUGAUCGGAGAAUCACAGAUGCAGAAUUAGAAUACAUAAGAUCAUCUAUUGGUCCAUCAGCCAACCAUAUCAAGAAUGUGGAACCUCCUUGGAAAAGGUUCCUAACUUCAUUGCCUGUUUGGGCCAUCAUGAUUGCACAUUUCAGUGAAAACUGGGGUUUCUACACUCUACUUACAGAAUUACCAACAUUCAUGAAAGAUGUCUUAAAGUUUGAUCUGAAAGAUGCAGGCCUACUUGCUGCUCUGCCUUACUUAGUGAUGGGUGUGACAGUACAAUCUGGUGGUUUCUUAGCUGACUGGCUGAGGUCACAGGGAAACCUCACAACAACACAGGUGCGGAAACUUUGCAACUGUGGAGCAUUUGUGUGCCAAACACUGUUUCUGCUAGCAGUUGCACAUUCUACAACUCCUAGUGCUGUUGUGGCAAGCCUGACUGCUGCUGUAGGAUUUGGAGGUUUUGCCUGGGCUGGCUUCAGUGUAAACCAUUUGGACAUUGCACCCCAAUUUGCCAGCAUUCUCAUGGGCUUGUCUAAUACUGUGGCAACUUUACCAGGCAUAUUCAGUCCUCUACUUACAGGCCAUCUUGUGCAAGAUAAGACUCCAGAAGAGUGGCAAGCAGUAUUUUACAUAGCAGGUGGUGUUUACCUGGCUGGAGCAUUGUUCUAUGGUUUAUUUGCGUCCGGAGAGAGACAAAAGUGGGCGGACAUUCCAGAUUCAUAUGCUCUGUGCAGAGAUGACCAAUCCUAUGCUUCUACAGAAGAUAUGCCAUAUGGAACUGGCUCCUGCGAAUAAAAUUAAAUUACCUUAACUUUCUCUUUCCUGGAAUUUGAUCUCAGAUACAGCAGAGUCCCAAUUAUGCGACAUUCAGUCCAUGCAAAUACCCAUUACUAAUUUCUUAAAAUAUAAACUCAUUCAUAUACAAAUUUACAUUAUGUUAAAUACUAUUUUUGUUUGUGAGAUUUUUUCAUUUGAUGCCAUAUUGUGUUUUCUUCAUAAUUUAAUAUCAUAAAAUGAGCUGAUAUUUACCCUCGUCCUUUUUAUUAGUCACGUGAUAUCCGACAUUUUCAAUUGUAUGGCCAUCAUUCGGUCCUGUUUAACUGGGACUCUACUGUACAAUAAAAUGUAAAAUUUCCUCUAUUCAUCAGUGUCAUUACAUCUUUUUAUAAAUAUGAGCAGUAGAGUCUCAAUUAUAUAAAUUUUAUUUCUAUUUAAGUACUUAUAAUGGUGGUAUGCCAUGCAGUCACAGUCACUUCACAAUGGCCUAGCUUUUGACUGGUAAGGCAUUCAUUACUUUAAAUUUUGUCCUGACUUAGGAUAAACUGAGAGGUUUUUAACUUUCAUAUUUAAUCUGUAUAUGAAUAUUUAAGUUGAGAGAAAAAAUCUAAUUUUUAUAGACUGAAAUCAGAUACCCUAUUACUUUAGUUUGAUAUGUAGAUGUAUAAUCACUUUAUAUUAUUCAGAAUGCAAAAAUGCUUUAAGUUUUGAUUCCUUGCUGGUUUAUACCCACACAAUUGAAACUCUACUACAAACACUAUGAAAUGUUAUUUAUGUCGUUUUAAAUCUAAGAAUUAUUGUUAAAUGUCUUACGAAAUUUGGGGUCCCAGAUAGCCUAGGGAAAUAUGAUACUUAUAAUGGAAUAGUUAGAAGUAUCAAGCAAACAAGUGUUUUACUCUGUUAUCCAAUGGCAUUAGUGAGCCGGCGUAGUUCAGUCAGUAUGGUGACUAGCUACGGACUGGGCGACUGGGGUUUGAUCCCCGACGGGGGCAGAGGAUUUUUCCUCCAGCCUCUGCGUCCAGACCGGCUCUGGGGCCCACCCAGCCUC